GCUAUUUAUCAACACAUGAAAUAAAAAAGAGGUCCGUACAUGUACAUAUUCAAUUGGCAGAUGUAUAGUGGCUGGGAGCAGAAAAAAAAUCUGUUCUAUCGAUUGAUGAAACGUCACAUACCGGUAAAAUGUCGAUGUAGCAGACGAAAUACGCCAUACGGCUCCCAGGUUGUGACAGUAAAACCCGUUAACGCAUGUGAAGCAGGCAAAACUGAUCACUCUACUUCUAUCCGGGAUUCCGUGUCGAUGUAGACCCCGGCUGUGAUGCAUGCCCCGACAGCGAGGAUCGGACGACGGAUCAAGAUGACGUUCCGAUGAGAGAUAAAAACAGGAUUGCAGAUUCCAUCGAAAAACACGUGGAAUGAAAACACUGUAUUCAACCGAAAUGUUUCAUGCGAUACUAACUGAGUCUUUGUCAGUGUUCAUUGAAAAGCAGUACACAAAAUCUUUAAAAACCGAUAUCAUAAUAAAUGUGAUUUAGUAUGGUAUCGUGAUAAAUCACCAAAAUGAAAAUGAGGCCGAGUAGAUUAAGAUGGCGUCGUUUUUUCUUCCUUUCGAUUGGUUUGUUUCUACUGAGCGUUUUCAUGUUCUACCAAUCGUUAUCGAUCGAGAAUGUCACGUGCUUGGACCGGUUUGUCUCGCCUCGGGUAUCGCAGAGCAUCCAAGAUAAAAUCCAUACCGGAGCAGGAAGUAAGAAUACGGCUAAAUUAUUUCAAAAAAUUGUUGAUAGCAAAUUAAUUUCGAGUUUUUCAGCGGACAUGGAAGGAAAUAUCAUCCCGAACAGCAUCCAUUUUGUUUGGUGCCAUAAUCGCAGUCUACAUUUUGAGAAUUAUUUGAGUAUUUUAAGUGCCUGGAAAGUUAUGCAACCCGAUAUCAUUGAAUUGCAUACAAAGUACAAUAUUCAUGGCGGCCAAGAUAAGUACAAUUACUGGUUUGAAGAUCUAAAGAGAACUAUACCAGGGUUCGUUGUCAAGGUCAUGCCAAACUACAACAACGACCCGGCCUGUGGGGUGUGGUACGGAAUUGAUGUCCUCAUGGACCGCGGAGGUAUGUAUUUUAGUGAAAAUCUAUUUCUGAUGCAAUCUUUAAGAAAACUACGGCGAGAAGACUCAGCAGUUGGUGUAACCGGUGGAGACUGGAAAGUCAGUUACGCGAUUUCUGUUCAUCAUAACAGACGCGCGUUAGUGACCUUAAAACAGUUGCUAACUUUAAAAAAUACCGAGGAUUCGGAUGUUGCACUUCCAGGAAAUUAUUCUCAGUGUGAACAAAUAGGAAACGAUUUUGAAAUUUUAUACGAAAACACGACGUGCAUUGAGAUGCCAGCUUUACUUCCUAAGGAUAUAAUGCAUUCAAACACCUCAUUUGCAUAUAAUGUUAGAUUGAUUCUCUAUGGAGAUUCCGCUAUUGUUGCUCCGAAGGCGAAACUGCCAGGUUUUAUCCCAAAAAUAAUUCAUCUCGUGUGGUUUAACAGAAAAACCAUGGACUUCAUGAUGUAUCUUAGCUUACGGAGUGCUCUUACCUUUUUAAAACCAGAUAAAGUUUAUAUCCACGGUGAUAUGUUACUUGAAGGUGAAUACAUGGAAAAGUUCAAAAAGGAUCCCAGGAUAGUUAUGGUGUAUAGGGAAAUACCGCGAUAUAUUUUUGGGAAAGAUGUGCUCUAUACACAGCACAAAAGUGAUAUCAUACGAGCUGACGUAUUGUUAAAAUAUGGCGGGAUAUACAUGGAUUGGGACGUUCUAUGGCUUCGUCCUAUCGACGAUUUGAUACAGACCGGAUAUGACGCAAUAGUCAAUUUUGAUCACAUGCCAUGGCCUGAUUUUCCGGAUGCUUUUAAUUUGGGAGUUCUUCUGGCAAAGCCGGGGUCAGAGUUCAUUCAAAGAUGGCAGGCAGCCUUAGUAGAUUACAGAUCGUGGGAUUUCUUUUACAAUGCGAUCUUGUUGCCUUAUAAGGUGUAUGAACGACAUCCACACAGCGUUCACAUAGAAAAACAUUUACAAGUUAUGUGUUAUCAGCUCAAGUGUCAUCCCACAUUCCAUCCCGGAUACAAGAACUACAACCGUGAACAAGAUUUUAAUUGGAAGAUGGACACGUACUCCGUCCACUUCACGUUCCCUGACCCACCCGCCUUAACUAAUGCCACCACACUAGGUAGAGCGAAAGGCAUGUUCGCUGAUAUUGGCCGAUAUAUCCUGGAACAACCUUACGAGUUUGAUUAAAACAGUGCUGUUCAAUUAAUCAUGUACAAUGGAAUCUCGUUGACCAGUUUUUCAUAUUACAGAGGUAAUCUGGAUUUUUAUCAGGAUUUUUAGGAGUUACUUGAUAAACGAGUUUCGGUUACGGUUUGAAUUGAGCGUAUGAGUUAAUCAUAAGUUGGUAAAAAGUGAAACAUGUAAUUCUAAUCGAUUCCCAAAAACCCAGACUCAUCAAUCUUAUAAUCAAAACAAAUUUAGGUAAUGAUUAAUUAAAGAAAUGUAUAUUUAGACAUGUGUUCCAUUGAUUUUAACUGUUACACAAUUGUUGAUUAGGUAGAGGCAAGAUUUCUGAAUCAGACUCGGAGCCUUAGGGUAGAUUCCCAGUGAUAUGCAUGUAUGGUGAUAUGAAUAUUUAAAAGUACUUUAUGCGAAACAUUUUAUUUCUAAUUAUAAAGCAAUUUGUGUUUGAUAUUAUGUUCAAUAUUUGUUUUUGGCACGUUUGAAUCUAAUUUAAUUUCCCUCUCUAUUUAUCACGAUAAUACCUAUAGCCAGUUUCACUCUCUCACAAUACAAAACUUGACAUUAAAGUACUGUAGUAUAGUCCGUUCCAACAAAUUGAAAAGAAUCGUAACGUUCGAUGAUAUAUAUAUAAAAUAUGCUAUAUUCUGUUGCAAUUGAAUCUAUAACAAAAAUAAUCUUGUAUCGUGAUCAAAGCAAUAAUCACAAAAUUAUUGAAAGCGUUUUGAAAGUCCUUCUUUUGCAGACGAUACUGAGACCGGUGCCGUGAAAUGAUUUCGGAAAGGUGAUAAUUAAAUAUUCCCGCAAUCCUCAGAGAAUAGAGGGAAUAAUUUGUCUCUGAUUCUGACAGGCUGACACGGCCAGAGUGUAUUUGACGUUUUGAUUGUUUCUACUAAGAAUAAAGAAAUCCUCUAGUUACAUGGAACGGGGUGUCAUGUAGCCGAUGUAAAACAAAUAUGGCGCGAUGACAUUCCGUUCUUACGAUGUCGAUUUCAAAUUGGAAAUAUGAGUAUAAUUUACUCAAAUAUUAUGGCAGUGUGAAACUAUUUGUGUUUAAUAUCGGGUACAAACCACAAAGUACCAAAAAUACCUGUCUACAUGGAAUUCAAGCAAGAACAUUUAAGAGUCAUUGUAUUAAAACUGUUUAAUCCAUCCCCCACCCCCACCUACCCACCCCCAAACACCCCGCCGACCGCCAAACCCAGUUUUGUUACGUUACUACUUUGGGAGCUUUGUAUUCUCUAUUUGUCCAUAGUACAUGUAACUUCGACAAUUUAUAUGUUUUCCCUGACUAUAAGAAGAUUAAUCAGAUACAUUCAUAACAAUUAUAUCACGAUUUACCUUAGUUUAUUUUUAGAUGGAAUGAUUGUAUUCAGUAACGAGAAUCAAAUGUCCAAGUCAGACCAAACCUUCAAAUGUUAUAUUGAAAAUAAAUGGUUUCUCCAGUUGUA